UUAGGGAUACUUGUAACUGGGGGUAGAACUUGGUGCAUUUGAUCUGGGACCAGGCUUUGGAGGAGUCCUCAGACAAAAAAACAAAACAAACGGGCUGCAGCGGCAUCAGCAGAACCAGCCGGCGCAACGGCAUAAAGUCUGCCCGUCAUCCUGGGAUCUACAGAAGCAAGCGGCGUGCCGAUAUCGGCCAUGAAGCUGGUGAACGGGGGAGGAGGAGGAGGAGGAGGAGGGGGAAGCGGUGGUGGGGGAGGUGGAGGUGGAGGUGGGGGAGAGAAGACUGCUUUCUCCUUUAAGAAGUGCUCUGCCUUCCAGUUUGUCAAGAGAAAGGUACGACGAUGGAUGAGGAACCCUAAGGUGAGCGUGGAGAAAGCUCAGGGGAAAGGCCUCCUUUAUACCUGUCCGAAGUGUCCGCUGGCUGAGGACCUGUGGUACACCCACUUCCCAUCACCUUAUGGCUGCUGUCAUUAUGCAGGACUGCAGGGCGGCCAGUAUUACCACCAGGAGCCCUGCUCACCUUGCCCCGCAAAUGGGCAAACCAGUGGCCAUGAAAAAAGCAAGGGUUGCAAGGUCAGGAAGUGGAAGAUGCUGGCUCGCCAUCAUGGUGACAGUUCAGGCAAGCAGAAGGAAGCAGAGCCAGACCUCCACCUGUGUGGCUGCUCAUCCUGGGGGAUUCAUGCCUCACCCCUCCUGGCCAGCCCCGUCAUGCUGGAGUGCUCUAUCUGCAGUGGGCCCUACAUCAGCUACGCCCUAGAGGACACCUGGCAGCCACGCCAACGUACACAGGCAAUGGACCUGUACUACCACAAUGAGUCAGAUCCAGACAGCUACUGUUGCCCUGGUGACAACACUUUUAUGAAACAGAGGAGGAUGGGUCUGAACGACUUCAUUCAGAGGCUUGCCACAAACUCCUACGCCUGCAAGCAUUCUGAGGUUCAGUCUAUCCUGAACUUCAGUCCUCCUCAGGAUCCUGAGCUCAUGAACACAAACCCAUCUCCUCCUCCCAGUCCAUCCCAACAGAUCAACCUCGGCCCAUCAUCCAAUCCUUCAGCCAAGCCCAGUGACUUUCACUUCCUCAAGGUGAUCGGCAAGGGCAGCUUCGGAAAGGUUUUGCUCGCACGCCACCGCACAGAUGACAAGUUCUACGCGGUCAAAGUCUUACAGAAAAAGGCCAUUCUCAAGAAGAAGGAGGAGAAACACAUCAUGUCAGAGAGGAAUGUGCUGUUAAAGAAUGUCAAGCACCCAUUCUUGGUGGGCCUGCACUACUCUUUCCAAACAGCGGACAAACUGUAUUUUGUCUUGGACUACAUCAAUGGAGGAGAGUUGUUCUACCACCUGCAGAGAGAGCGCUGCUUUCUUGAGCCCAGAGCCAGGUUCUAUGCAGCAGAGAUCGCCAGCGCACUGGGAUACCUGCACUCACUAAACAUUGUGUACAGAGACCUGAAGCCAGAGAAUAUCCUGCUGGACUCCCAGGGACAUAUCAUUCUCACAGAUUUCGGACUCUGCAAGGAGAACAUCGAACCCAAUGGGACCACAUCAACCUUCUGCGGUACUCCAGAGUAUUUGGCUCCUGAAGUGUUACACAAGCAGCCAUAUGACAGAACAGUAGACUGGUGGUGUUUAGGAGCUGUUCUCUAUGAGAUGCUGUAUGGCCUGCCUCCGUUCUACAGUCGCAACACAGCAGAGAUGUAUGACAACAUCCUGAACAAGCCACUGCAGCUGAAACCCAACAUUUCCAAUGCGGCUAGACACCUGCUGGAGGGCCUGCUGCAAAAAGACCGGACAAAGAGGCUGGGCUGCACUGACGACUUUAUUGAAAUCAAGAACCAUGUAUUCUUCUCCCCCAUCAAUUGGGAUGACCUCAAUGCAAAGAAGAUCACCCCUCCCUUCAACCCCAAUGUGACGGGGCCCAAUGACCUGCGACACUUUGAUCCAGAGUUCACAGAUGAGCCCGUACCCAGCUCCAUCGGCUGCUCCCCAGACAGUGCGCUCGUCACAGCCAGCAUCAAAGAGGCAGCUGAGGCCUUUGUGGGCUUCUCUUAUGCCCCAUCUAUGGAUUCCUACCUAUAGGAUUUAAACACAGGCACUUAUCAUAGACACCAGUUUAGACUUGUUGGGCAUGAAACGAGGCAUGCCCAUGGACUUGCAUCGUGACCCUACUCAAUGUUUACCAUCAGAAUGAUGGAUAUCUCCAAACUAAUCCCUGCAACAGUUCUGCAUCUACAAAGAUUUUAAACGUGUACUUAUUUCUCUCCAGCUCUUGAAUGCAUUUCAAAUGCUUACCACAAGAGGAUCUCUAGUUGGGGUUGCGAUCCCCAAGCUUACCCUGAUUUACCUUUCAUUACCUACAUCCCUUUUCAGCCUUCACUUGUCCAUCUAUUUCCUGAUAGUGGAGGUCGUUUGCACAUGUGACUCAGGCAGCUUAAAUGCUCCCCUUAAUCCACAACUGACAAGCACACAGCCAGACUUCCACCUUUUCUCAAAGAGGAAGGCCGGACCAGCUCUACAGAAGAUUUCCAAUUUCAUCUAUGUAGCAAAAGACCUUCCCACUUGAGAUUCCUGCUACCACCCAUUGGGACCUAUCUUUUGAACACGAAUGAGUAGCUUGGAGAUGACAUUCAUUUUGGGUGCUUUAGUUUCUUCUCAUGUACUUUCCAUGUGUUUGAAAAGGGAGUUAUCUGAAAGCUGAAUGUUACAGAGGAGGGCGUUUCUUUUCUCUAAAAGGUGCCUUUUUUUUUUUCCUCGCCAUCAGAGCUCACAUCAUUUGGGUUUGACUGCACCGACACUAACAUCAAAGUUUUUUCCACUCUGCACCUGAAUUACUUUUUCUUUUCUUUUCUUUUUUUUUUUUAAAGUCACUACAGAGGAAAGAUGUAGCACUAAGUUAAUCCACUUCUUCUGUCUUUAACAUGUGAGAUGUAAGAACUCGAAUGAUGUGUUACAUCUGCGUUUGCACAUAAAACAAUAAUGCUGAUAGAGAGGUAGAAAGAGAGCGCACUACUGCUGCUAAGUGAGGAAGAGAGGGAUGUGUUGUGUAAUGUUUUGGAGAUCUGCUUGUGGACCGCGUCCCCCUCAUUCCGCCAGUCUUCCACUCACCUCACAGUAAUGUAAACGGCAGCCUGCGGAAAGGCUGACAACAUUGAAACUGAACAUUCCAUUUUAAUAUUGCUGUAAUGCAGUUUGACGGUAUUUAAGUUUGUUUGUAUAUUUGGAGUUCUGUGUACUAGUUUUAAUGUAUAUUCAACAACAAAAAAAUGACUAAAGGUAUGCUUAAAUAUGUAUACAGUAUGUAACAAUACAUGUUAAAUGUACUGUAAAUUGUAAAAACUGUUUAAGAUUUAUGUGACCAUGUUUGGUUUGCAAUAAAAGUUUAACUU